AGUGGCAGGAGUUCAGACAGUUCUGGAAGUGAAACUGAUGACAGUUAUGACUGGAAACAGACCAGAGAACUUCACUCAAGUUUUAACUCUCGAACAAAUGCCAAUAUUGUUAGUUUAAGCAAUUGCAACUUCGCUAAGAAACCAUUUAAUUGCUCUCAACAUGUAAAAGCAUCUGUUCACAUGAACAACUCAGAGAAACACAAGGGGAGGCAAGCAAGCGUAAAAACAUUUAGCUGUUCUGAUCAGAGUAAAAGACAGAAACAGAAGGGCACUCUGAACAAAGGCAUGACAAUUCAGACAAGACAAAAACAGUUUGGCUGUUUUGAAUGUGGUCAGAAAUUUGCACAAAAGAGCUCCCUCAGGAGACACAUGAUAAUUCAUAGAGGACAAAAAGCAUUUGGCUGUUCUGAAUGUGGUCAGAAAUUUGCACGAAAGAGCUCCUUGAAGACACACAUGAUAAUUCAUAGAGGACAAAAACAGUUUGGCUGUUCUGAAUGUGGUCAAAAAUUUGCACAAAAGGGCAACCUGAAAACGCACUUGAGAAUUCAUACAGGACAAAAACCAUUUGGCUGUUCUGAAUGUGGUCAGAAAUUUGCACAAAAGAGCUCCCUCGAGAGACACAUGGCAAUUCAUACAGGACAAAAGCCAUUUGGCUGUUCUGAAUGUGGUCGAAGAUUUGGACACAAGAGCUCCCUGAAGAGACACAUGAUAAUUCAUACAGGACAAAAGCCAUUUGGCUGUUCUGAGUGUGGUCGAAGUUUUGGAGAAAUCGGCACUCUGAGCAGACACAUGAUAAUUCAUACAGGACAAAAAAAGUUUGCCUGUUCUGAGUGUGGUCAAAGUUUUGGGCAAAUCAGCACUCUGAGGAGACACAUGAUAAUUCAUACAGGACAAAAAAAGUUUGUCUGUUCUGAGUGUGGUCAAAAAUUUGGACAAAAAGGGAACCUGAAAACACACAUGAUAAUUCAUACAGGACAGAAACCAUUUAGUUGUUCUGAAUGUGGUAAAGGUUUUGGAGACAAGAGCAAUCUGUACAGACACAUGAGAAUUCACACAUGACAGAAAAAAAAUACAAAAACAAAUCCAAGAGAAAUGGAAAAAAUACACAAAAAAGCUACAAUAGAACAAAUUAUAAUGAGAGAAAGAGUAACACAGGAAUACCUAAUGCAUGGUUCACACUGCAGGAUUUUAAAAUUAUCUGUAGGUUUUCCAAAACCUGAGAUACCACACACGUGGAGAUUAAAAAAAAAAUCACAGGUCGAACAGGUUUGGUC